AAGGAUUUGGAGGGAGGAGGAGGAACCCUUAUUGCAACCUGUCACAUAUUGCAUUGUGGUGCUGUGAAAAAUCGAUAUUUCCGAGGGUAGGAAAAAUGAAAAUAACAUCACACUGUCAGUUCGGAGCGUACUAAGUUUGCAAACAGCUUUCACCAUACAAGAACAAACAACAGGCGGACCAGCAACUAAACGAGAGUGAGAGAGCGUGUGGUUAACGUUUUGCGAAACUCCAGUCACAGCAUUCCACAAUGCUAAAGUCCGAAUUUCAGCACCAGUUCUGGGUGACAAAGAAAGCGGUACAAAGGAAAUUAGGAUCUAAGGAGGAUGAAAACAUUGUGGCAUCCGAUGGGGAGCUGGACUCGAAGAUAGAACUGUUCCGGUCGGUGGCAGAAAGCUGCAGCAAGCUGUACCGUAUAAUCGAUCAGUAUCAGGAGCGGGUAUGCAUACUGGCCCAGGAGGAAAAUUCGCUGGGCAAAUUCUUGCGCGAAGUCAGCAAGGAAAGUCCCACCACCGGCAAGAUGAUGUCCACGACCGGGAAAGCGGUAUCGUACUGUGGACAGCAACGCAUCUCGAUUCGUGUCCCACUGUUGCGCCUGCACCAUGACGUACACACGUUCAAGGGACGUGCGAUUGCGGACACGCACCACACGAUACAGCUGAUGGAGAAGGAACGGACCGAGUAUCGGGCAGCGUUGAGUUGGAUGAAGUCGGUUAGCAUUCAGCUCGAUCCCGACACUGGCCGAGGGUUGGAAAAGUUCCGCAAAGCUCAGCGACACGUCAAGUCGGCGAAGACCAAGUUCGACAAGUACACGCUGGACUGUUUGGAGAAGAUUGACCUUUUGGCCGCGGCAAGAUGCAACAUGUUUUCGCAUGCCCUCGUCGGAUAUCAGAAUGCCAUCCUGCAGUUCGCGAAAAAGACGGACGAAACGUACAAGAACACGCUCAAGAACCUAGCUAAAGAUCCACACUAUAGUUUCUCGAUACUGAAGGAAUUGACGCAAGCAAACCCAAACGCAGAGGAGGAACGGGAAGGCGAUGCGCCGGGCGAAGCUGUUGAAACUCAACCCGGCGAACUACCGGCCGAUGACGAUCAGAUGCUUUUCUUUAAGGACGACUACAAGGACGACGUGGGGACGACAGUGGCGUCAGAAAAGGAAAACGUUCUCAAGGAUGUAGCAUUAGAAAUCGAUGCGCUGCUGUCAGGCGUUCCGGACCUUACUAUCGGUGCAGCUGACCCAGCACUUGCGAGCAAAACGCAGGACACUACUACAGCCGCGACGGACCUUCUCGGUCUUAACCUGGAUGAUGAGUUUUCCGACUUUAUGUCGGCACCGGCACCAUUUUUGCCUUCGGCGCUACUAACGAACUGCAUCCUUACCGAUGAGGGUGGGUUCGAUUUUGGCGCCAGUCUGUCCGAGCCCGCGGCCGACCCUUUGCAACCGCUGCACGAUCCCGAAACGAACGGUGGAAAAUCGUCCGAAAAGGCGUCCGACAUUUUUAGCAGCCUGUUACAAUCGUUCUCCAAGCAGGGUGGGACCGAUUCUAGUGCCGCCGGCACGGUGAAACAGAGCAAGCCAACCGGUAGCAACAAAACGGCAGGAAAAGAUCUUAGCGGCUGGUAUCAGCUGUUUGCCGAACUGGAUCCACUCUCCAACCCGGACGCUAUCCCGUCGAAAUCCGAUGCACCCAACAACAGUAUGGCCGCUUGAGUGCAUCUGCCGCGUUUGGGGCGUGUGAGCGUCGUGCUUCAUUUCUUUUCCACCUGCAUUGUGUUACUCAGCAUUCGUUCCGUUUCGUUGUCCGUUUUGUACCGUGUGUUUGCUUGUUACUCGUCGGGUCGGGUGUGUACCUUUCGGUAGAAGUACUUUCCGUUCGAUCGCAUUACAUUUACGAUUGCUAUACUUGGCUGUACUUUUAUCCGAAGGUGAAAAUAAAACAAAGUGUCUACUUAAAUACAAACAGAAAA